GGAAGGAAAGCAUCAUGAAGGCCUUUAUUGUUUGUGCGUUGAUGGGCGUCGUAGUUGCCCUCCCCGGCCUUCGCCUGCGUCGCGACUCCUCGCCCGAUCUCUUCGAGGUGCCCUCCAACACCUCCCUGGUUCUGGGCGGCAUCAACACGGGCUUCGACUGCGCUGACCUGCCCUACGGCUACUACGCCGACGAGGCCAACAACUGCGCCAUCUUCCACGUGUGUCUGCCCUACAUCGACCACGACGUGUACAUCUCACGCCACUUCUCCUUCAUGUGCGCGCCUGGUUCCAUCUUCGACCAGGAGCGCCUCGCAUGCACCCGCCCCGAGUUCGCCCGUCCCUGCGCAGGCGGCGAAGGCUACAGGAGCUCCAACGGCUACUUCGGCCGGAGUGACAUCAACUUCCUCGAGGAAUAAGGCAAAGACACUGUGAUUGAGUCCUCAUAGGUCUCACUUUGCCCCAGUUAUUACGGAUGAGACGUGUUUUACUAAACUCAUGGUUGUUACUUGACAUCCAUUAUUGCAUUGACAUUUGAGGAUUUGCAAUAAACUUUUGUGGAACCAUAA